AUGUCGAAGCGACUCGCAUCAGAAGCGCUCGAAGAGGCCUUCAACGCAGACUCACCUGCAUCGAAAAAGUCGCGGAUUGGCGAGCCAAGUGAAAGCCCCAGCGCGCACGAAGACAGCGACCUGGAGCAGCGCAGAGCAGGUGGGGAGACAACACCAAGGCAGAAUGGCACCGCAAACGGGCACGACGAGGAACCAGACUCCGACUCGGGCGACGAUGAGCCAGAAGAGAAGGCGCCGAUCAGGCAGUCGGCGCCCACGGCGGGCUACGACGACUUGUACCUCGACACGAUCGACCGGAACGUGCUAGAUUUCGAUUUCGAGAAGCUCUGCUCGGUGUCGCUCUCCAACAUCAACGUGUACGCGUGCCUGGUGUGCGGGAAGUACUUCCAAGGCAGGGGGCCAAAAUCACACGCCUACUUCCACUCGCUGGACGAAAACCACCAUGUCUACAUCAACAUGGCGACGCAGAAAGUAUACGUGUUACCGGAGGGGUACGAGGUGACGAGCAAGAGCUUGGACGAUAUCAAGUACGUGUCGGACCCCGAGGAUUACACGCCGGGCUAUGUGGGGAUGAACAACAUCAAGGAGAACGACUACCUGAACGUCGUGGUGCAGGCACUAUCACACGUACCGCCACUGCGGAAUUUCUUCUUGCUGGAGGACUUCGCGAGCUCGCGGUCGGAGCUGGUCAAGAGGACGAGCAUCUUGUUCAGGAAAAUCUGGAACCCGCGCGCGUUCAAGUCGCACGUGUCGCCACACGAAUUGCUGCAGGAGAUCUCGUCGCGGUCGAACAAGCGAUAUACCCUAACCGCGCAGAGCGACCCCGUCGAGUUCCUGAGCUGGUUCCUGAACAACCUCCACCUCGGCCUGGGAGGGAGCAAGACGAAGCCGGGGAGCAGCAUGGUGCAGCGGGUAUUCCAGGGAAAGCUCAAGGUCGAGUCACAAGCCAUCACCGCAAAAGCAGACGUGGGCGACCGCCUACGGUUCGAGGAGGCCGCAGAAGUGAAGGUGGACGUCAGCCGGUUCCUCCUCCUGACGCUGGACCUCCCACCCGCGCCACUGUUCCAAGACGAGCAGGAGCGCAACAUCAUCCCCCAGGUGCCACUCACGACGAUCCUCUCCAAGUACGACGGGCACUCGGCACAAGAACACCUGGCGCACCGGCGGCGGUACAGGCUGAUGCACCCGCUGCCGCCGUACCUGGUGAUGCACGUGAAGCGGUUCAGCCAGAACAAGUUCGUCAGCGAGCGCAACCCGACCAUCGUGACGUUCGACUCGCGCGACCUGGACGUGAGCCCGUACGUGGAGCCGGACCCGGCGGCGCACCCGGGGGGCGGGCCGAUCUACUACGACCUGGUGGCCAACGUGGUGCACGAGGCGGUGCGGCUGCGCGAGGACGUGGCGGACACGGGCGAGGAGCGCAAGACGUGGAAGGUGCAGCUGCUGGACAAGGCGCGGGGCGAGUGGGUGGUCUGCCAGGACCUGUUCGUCGACAAGAUCCAGAAGGAGCUGCUGUGCAUGGGAGAGAGUUAUUUACAGAUAUGGGAGAGGAGGAGGGAGCCUGGCCCAGGGAAGGGCAAGGCAAAGGCAUGA